AUGUUACAACCACAACACGUCAUCGAAAUUAGUGAUGACGAUGAUGACGACGCGUCUGAAAUUGAAGAAACUGACUGGAAGAAGAAGCUGUUCGCGUCCCUGAAUGCCAUUCAGGCAGAACCUAAACUUGUAUGCUUCAGAAGCUACCAGGAGUUCGUCAACCCAGGUCUCAAGAUUGGAGGGCAGCAAAUAAUACCGCUACCUCUAACAGAUCACUAUGCCGAUAUCAUCAAACAGCUGAGCCACUCGGUUCAGGGUACUGACAACAAGGCCCAGAAUGUCUGGGAGCUUGACCGUGCGCAGUUCGACUUGAUCAAUCCAGCUUGGCCGUCAUGUCUGGACAGGAUAACACAGGAAAUCACCAAGGAGCUGGACAUAGAAAAUGCCUUGCUGAGUCCCACAAAGUUGACGCUUCAAGGGCUGGGCCCUGUAGCCGAGCAAGACCAGCGUCUUGAGCAAUCUGAUCACAUUGUCGGCCACAUUUCCGUUUGUCUGCCGUCUGAGCAUCAGGGUGGAGAUAUUGGUGUAUCUCUUGGUGGAAGAAGGACAACUGUAUCAACUGCAACUUCAUCGGCUCUCGACCUGUCCGCCAUCGGUUGGAUUUCUCCUGCACACAGUUUGGCCACGGAAUUGGUCUCCGGAUAUCGUCUCACUAUUUCGUACAUAGUCCAUCGGUUCAGCGAUGGGCAAAGCACUGUCCCUCCGUCAUAUGUGGGAAGUGGCCGUGUGGAAGAAGUUCUUCAGAUGUGGCAGCGCCGACAUUUUAGCACCAAAAAGAUACUGUAUAAGUUGGACGACAAGGAAGGCACGGGGGUUCUUUCUCUCCAAGAAGCAAAAGGCCGGGACAGGGCGGUUUGUGAUACUUUGUCCACUGCUUGUUCAGAAGCUGGGCUUUACAUGCUGUUUGCUGAAAUCACGCAGGAGGUCACUUAUAAUACCCUUCGAAAAACUGUGGAAAGUUCAAUCAACGGACUCUUCACGCCUGAAGGUCAAUUCUUGGCAGAAAACAAAGAGCUUGAUGCAGAAAACGAGGUAUUGGGCUUUGACGUGGAUCGGCAAUGGGAGAUUGAACCUGCCAGUGAUGAUGACGAGGGCAUGAGUAAUGAAUAUCUCAUGGAAGAGCACGACAUGACUCGCCGUUGGCACGACCAUGCUGUUAUUCUGAUACCUAAGCAAGGAUUGCUGGAGCUGGUGAGACCAGAUGGUAGUCCAAACACCUCUCGGCGGCCAGGACUACCUAUUCGAGAUCAAGAGACCCAUCAUCCAGGUGUGGCACCUGUUGUUGCGAUGGUCGUGGACGACUUGGAGAAGAAUCCUGCGGGUGCAAUCAAGGUGGCAGAAAACAUAAUCGACAAGCUUUGCGACCCUGGGAAUGAUACGCAAGUGCUAUGCACAUGCAUCAACCCCAUUGUGAACUGGUGCUUGAGGUCUGGUUAUAUGCCAUUAUAUACAACAGCUUUCCGGAAAACACCCAUAACUGUAGUGCAUGUACUUACAGAGUAUCUUGCAAGCAAGUAUGAAGGCUCAGAAGAUUCUAUCGAUUGGAAAGAAUGGCUUGACGAUAUCACAAAGAAGCCCAUUGUGGAACUUGGAACAUGGUAUCGCGACUUUUCGCGUACUAUCCUGGCUGUCAGUCCACCUGUAUGGAAAUCUUUCGAUGAAUGGUCCGAGACAAUAAUGGACGAGAAGCUCAACACAGAGCUCAAUUGGGAGUAUAAAGAUCUAGAAAUGAUUCUUGACUUAAUACGGCUCCGUGGCGACAGUACUCAAUGGAUUGUCAAUAGCGAUGGUGAGCUCAACUUCUCACCCCUUAGGCUUGAGCCUACGGAAGAAGCUUGGUUGGUUGAGACUCCAAGACACGAUUUGAUCUGCGCCCCUUUCAUUCGGCUCAUCACUGAGUGUCACGCUAUAGGAGCAUUCGUAGAAGCUUCUAGGGUAAUUGAAGAGACAUUUUCUCUCUUUGUGGCGGAGAAAGCGAGGUGGAUUCUUGUCAAAGAUCCAUUCGGCAUUAUCUUCUGCUUGAUCACCCCCCUCAUUCGUUUGGCCGCAGACGGCCUGUGGAGGAAAAUACCAGCUUUGUUGGAUACUCUCGAGCUUCUUGUGCGCAAAAUUAUCCGCCUUGACUUGCCCAGGCAAUCCCAGGCUGGCGGCGGAUUGGUUUUCCGAGAGCGAGGUUGUGGGUUCUGUGAGGAUUGUGCUGAGCUGGAUCGAUUCCUGACUUCGCCUCAGAAUACUGUCUGGGAAUUCAACGCACCAAAGACUCGAAGGUUGCAUAUCGAACAUGCUAUUGGGGUAGAAAAGUCGCUCCAAGCCUUAAGGAUAUUGGAUCAGACAACCGGCACGUGUGAGAAGCUCAAAGUGACCAAGACGGCGGUUCAGGCUGAACCUGACUUGCGAAGCUGGAUUUACAACUACAAUGGCUUAGAGAGAGUUCUUCAACCUCUCCGGGGUGACUUCAUGAGGAACGCACUUGGUGAGCAACGAUACCGUGAGAUCAUCUUGCUGGCGGGAGUAAGUCCAUACGGACCGCCACUGAACUCCCCUGAAGUAAGAAGGCCACCCACUGCGGACGAAUCACAGCCUGUUAAACGACUUUGCACCUCCGAGAUGGGCGGCAUAGACCAAGGUUUGCCGCACAAUCAAAGAGACGGUCAAACAGCAAACCAGACAGAAGCGGGCAACGUUUAG